AUGCCAAAAGAAUCUAUCAAGAAAAUGCAAUGUUUCAAAACAGGAAGACAUUCGCAGCAUCAGUCGUUGCAAUGUGGAACGACAACAUUCAAUAAAUUAUCAUUCGAUCCACCAUUCCGAUCGAAUCCUCUACCAAUCGGUCGUUUAGUUUAUAUGCCGUUGGAUCAAAUUGUAGGCGGUGAUAUAUGUCGCCUGGCUGCUACUACUGCGAGACCAAAUUCCGCGUAUUCUUCUAGCAAUUAUCAGCAAAUAAUAACAAUUUGUGAGAAUUGUACGGAAUGCCCAACCGAUUUGAGCAGUAUCUAUCUGCACUUGAAACGGAUGCUAAAUGAUAUCGAAAUUUCGUUGAUUAUUGUCAUUCGUGGUGUUAGCCAUAGACAAGUGAGCAAUAUUGAUGACGAGAAAAAGAUCCGUUUUGCAUUCGUCGAAGAGGAAGCACCGAUCGCCUUGGAUAAUUGUCAAAUUAUUGAUGGGACUGAUGGUGAUGCCUUACGCAGUUUUUCGAAAACUUCCGUUCUUUUUGUUUCCAUUUCAUUCAUCAUUUUAAUGGUUAUUUCGCUUGCUUGGCUCGUCUUCUAUUAUGUGCAAAGAUUCCGUUAUGCGCACGCCAAAGAUCGCCUUCAACGGCGACUAUUUAAUGCAGCUAAAAAGGCGCUGACACGUAUUCCAACAAGACCUAUUCGGAUUGGAGAUAAAGAGCUUGACAUCGACUGUCCUGUUUGCAUUGAUCCAUAUCGAGCCGGUGAUAUUAUUCGUUCUCUUCCGUGUAGGCACAUAUUCCACAAAACAUGUGUUGAUCCGUGGCUUCUGGAACACAGAACUUGUCCAAUGUGUAAAAAUGAUAUCCUAAAGGCUUUCGGGUAUUACGUGUCCAUGGGUCGACGUACACCCAACAAUACACAGAGAGAAAGCGUUCAUCAAUCGCCAAGGGAUGGAGAUAUGUUAAGCGUGGAUGUACAUUCUUCAACUGGAUCCGAGUCCGUAUUUCCACGUGCCGAUCAUCCCGAAGUGCAGGACCCAUCAAAUUCCCUAACUUCAUCGCAACUUGUUCAGGCGAUGUACUGCUCCAAUGCGAAUGCAUUUCCAAUAACGCCUCUGACAGUACAAAGCGCAUCUUCCUCAGCAAAAAAUGUCAUCGCGAAUCCUACACAAGAAAAAAAUGCAAUGAAUCGAAUCUCAUGGCAAUUUCGGAGGCCUUCAUCCACUGUUUCUCACAUUGUAAACGUUGCACAUUUCCGUUCACGUUCUCUGUCACAAGUCGUACAACCGCUCGAACCACAAACGUCCAAAGCCACAGUUAGCUCAAAUACACUCGGCUCUCGACUCACAUCACUUCACUUCUCGAUACUUACCAGAAGUGUCACACCAAUAGGUCGCGAUACUUCAUCCAUGUUGGCAGAUUUACCUGACCCCACUUCAUCUACAUUUUCAGUGUCAUCUAUACCACCAAAUUCUUGCUUACAACAGAAACUCAGAACAAAACGUGUUAACUCGCGGGAUAUCAAACAACCGUCAGAGCCCAAUUAUUUAGCUAGUGUUGAGUCACUUUAA